AUGAAGAGGCUAAAGAAUUUCAAGCCUUACUACCAUCUCCUGCAUGCUUUCUUCAUGCUGUGUUUGGUAGUUUUAGGGUCUGAGUUAGAUGAGGUUGAGUCUGAGCCGCCGCUGCCGCCGCCGCCUGAGGCGCAGCUGCUGCCGCCUGAGCCGUCGCUGCCGCCGCCUGAGUCUCCGCUGCCGCCGCCUGAGUCACCAAUGCCGCCGCCUGAGCAGUCGCCGCUGCCGCCUGAGUCGCCGCUGCAGCCUCCUGGGUCGCCGCUGCCGCCUCCUGAGUCGCCGCUGGACGCUAAUUUCUACAGUCAAUCUUGUUCUACGCUUGGAGCCAUUGUAGGGCUUCAGGUUAUGAAAGCUCUCAUGGUUAAUGCGCGAAAUGCUGCUUACUUGGUCCGGCUUCAAUUUCAGGAUUGUUUCGUCAAUGGUUGCGAUGCAUCGAUUUUGUUGGAUGGACCAAAUAGUGAAAAAGUAUUGGGUUCUAAUUUGAAUUCGACAAGAGGGUAUGAACUUAUUGACACCAUAAAACAAGCAGUGGAGGCUCAAUGUCCGGGAGUUGUUUCAUGUUCUGAUAUAAUAGUAUUAUCCGCCUAUUAUGCUGCUACUUUAGUAAGUCCAUAA